AUGACCAUGUCAAACGAUAUGAAGCUAUCCGAGGUUUCACCAAAACUUGAUACGGAGCAAGCUGUCAUGGAUAUCCAAGAUGGAGACCAGAAGCAGCAUGAGAUUCAGGGCCUUGAUCCUGCUCUCCAAUUCAUGAAUUCAGAGGAGGUUGAAUAUACCCCGGACGAAGCGAAGAAGGUUUUGUCCAAAAUCGAUCGAUACCUCAUGCCCUUACUCUGUUGGGUCUAUUUGAUUCAAUUUGCCGACAAAACAUCAUUGAACUAUGCCUCGCUUAUGGGCAUUCGGGAAGACACUCAUUUGGACCCCGACUCGCAACAAUAUAGCUGGGUCUCGAGUAUUUUCUAUGCUGGAUACAUUUUUUGGGAGUAUGUCUAUUCUCCCGUUGCUAUCUUCCACAAGUUGCUAAUGUAUAUGCUUAGAUUCCCCACCACUUAUCUGCUUCGCCGCUUGCCCCUGGGCAAGUAUACCUCACUCAAUAUCGUGCUCUGGGGUAUCGCACUCACCUGCCACGCAGCAACUCAUAACUAUGCGACCCUACUGGUCGUCCGAUUCUUCCUAGGCGCAUUUGAGGCAACAGUGACUCCAGCCUUUGUCUUGUUCACUUCCUGCUGGUAUAAGCAAGAGGAACAAGGCAAACGCAUGGGCUUUUGGCUCAGUUGCAACGGAGUGGCCCAGGUACUUAUUGGGCCCAUUGCCUACGGCCUAGCGGGUGUAUCAGGAACUUCCAUCGCUGUCUGGAAAAUUCUCUUCUUGGUUUUUGGCCUGCCCACUAUUGUGACUGGUCUAUUGUACUUGUGGUACAUGCCCGACAAUCAGAUCCAGGCGCGGUUCUUGAAUCACCGCGAGAAGCUUAUUGCCAUUGAUCGCCUUCGGGGCAACUUCCAAGGAAUUGGUAAUCAUACAUGGAAAUGGCCCCAAUUUUUCGAAGCAUUCCGCGACCCACGCACCUAUCUCUACGUUUUAUUCUCGCUGCUGAUGAACAUUCCCAACGGGGGAAUCACGGCCUUUGGCUCUAUCAUCAUCAGCUCCUUUGGAUUUGAUGAUCGUAUGUCCCUGAUUUUGAACAUGCCAAUGGGCGCGGUGGACAUUAUUUGUAAACUGGGAUUGACCUAUCUCUCUGAUCGGUUCUUUGAUCGCACCCUCUUUGCCAUAAUUGCUAUUAUGAUUCCCAUGAUCGGCGGUAUCAUGAUGACUGCGAUCCCUCUUGACGCCAAAGCCGCCUUGUUGAUAGGAUACUACUUCAUCGGUGCCGCUGGAACUGCCUGGUGUCUCGUCAUGGUGAUGAUUUCCAACAACACCCUGGGAUAUACAAAGAAAGCAACGGUGAACGGCCUCCAGAUCGUGGCAUACGCAGCUGGAAACUGGAUCGGCCCUCAAACAUUCCGCUCAGAUCAAGCGCCUGAGUAUUUCGAUGGGAAGUUGAUGGUCGCUAUCAUGUAUGCUCUGGCAGCGGUCACCUUGCUAAUUAUUCGGUUUGUCAAUAUCUGGGAGAACAAGAGACGCGACCGCAAGGCGAUCGAGAAUCCUGACACUGCAUAUGCUACCCCUGGCUCUGAAUUCCUGGAUUUGACAGAUUUCGAGCAGCCAGCCUUCCGCUAUGUGUUGUGA